GGCGUGCCGCCUAAGAAGGAGAAGAGAAUAGUUCACGGCAAGAAGAAGAAGCAGAAGGAGAAGGAGAAGGAGAAGGAGAAGGCGAAGGAGAAUGUUGCCAUAGUUCACGGCAAGAAGAAGAAGGAGAAGGAGAAGGAGAAGGAGAAAAAAAAGGAGAAGGAGAAGGAGAAGGAGAAGAAGAAUGUUUGCCCUAGUUCACGACAAGAAGGAGAAGGAGAAGGAGAAGAAGAAGGAGAAGGAGAAGGAGAAGAAGAAUGUUUGCCAUAGUUCACGGCAAGAAGGAGAAGGAGAAGGAGAAGAAGGAGAAGGAGAAUGUUUGCUAGUUCACAGGAAGAAGAAGAAGGAGAAGGGGAGAAGGAGAAUGUUUGCUAGUUCACGGGAAGAAGAAGAAGGAGAAGGGGAGAAGGAGAAUGUUUGCCAUAGUUCACGGGAAGAAGAAGAAGGAGAAGGGGAGAAGGAGGAUGAGAAGGAGAAGGAGAAGGAGAAGGAGAAGGAGAAGGAGAAGAAGAAGGAGAAGGAGAAUGUUUGCUAGUUCACGGGAAGAAGAAGAAGAAGGGGAGAAGGAGAAUGUUUGCUAUAGUUCAC